GGUUGUGUGGAGGGGACACCUCCCUCUCUCCCAUUCUUUCACGCACACUUUCUCCCAUCUCCCUCAAUCUCCCAGCUUCACCUCACCUCAUGCACAGACAGCCUUGCCCAUCUCUGGCCAUCAUCUCUCCAUUCUCGCAGCAACACAGCGGCGUCAUCUCCGGCAAUCACCCUGAAAUCCAAAUUUCCAGCAAGCCGAAGCUUUCAUCCUCCCACGCACCAGCAAAUUUCUCGCGCACGAGCAUAUUUCUCAUGGCCACAGCUGCUCAUCUCAGCCUGCCCAGAGCAGAAAUUCUGGCCACAAGUCCCGACGUCGCUGGCUCCACGCGCUGUCUCUGUCGCCGUUGCCGCUCCCUACACCACAGACCAGCCUCGUCUCCAUCACCGUCACCCCAGCACCGUCGCUGUCGCCUUCCGCCACACACCACACAGCCGGUAGCCUUCGCCCUCACCAGCUCCAGCGGCACCCGUCGUAUGAAGGCUAAUUCAUUGUGGCAACUCAAAUUUGGAGACCCGCUAGUUCAAUGUAUAAACCUGCACCCACCAAACGAAAUUCCUCCAAAGCCUCCGCCAAACAACUGUGAUGCUUUUCUUUCCCUUCUUUUCAUUUUGUUUACCUUAUUUUAUUUUUAGUUAAUUUUUAGGUACAUUUUUCUGUAUUUUCAAUUUUUCUUUUCCAUUACUUCUCCACCCAGGUAUGCCCUACUUUCCUCGUGUAUAGUUUUUUAUUUCCCUUAUGCUUUCACAUUGAGAACAAUGUUCCACUUUAGUUGGGGGUGAGUAUUUGCAUGUGACACUAUGCACGCAUACUUGCUGGGUUUUAUAUAUUAAUUUGAAAAAAAAAACAAGAAAAAAAGGAAGAGUAUUGAGGAUAAACGACUAUGUCAUGAUUAACAUUGACAUAUACCCUUCACAUACUUGCAUAUAACUUAAGAAUUACACACUCGAGUCAUUUAUGCGUAGUUUCUCUUUAUAUAAUUUUGUAACUCCAUGAAGAAUUGAAUGGUAGUACACUCGUGUUAAUCUGGCUAUAUAAUCUUUUGUAUUUACACGGCAUCUCACGAGGCUGAUUAGACACAUUCACGUGAUUCAUUGCACUUAGGGUUCCUUGUGAGCACUAAGAGAACACCUGUGGCAACUAUGACACAUUGUGAGAUAUCCUUGAGCUAUUUAUCAUCCUUUUGAGUGUUAACAUCAAAUCAGAGUUCAUGAAACUCGAUUCUCUUUUGUUCUGGAUGAUUCUUUGUACACUAGUCUCUGUUUUUGACUUGCCAACCUAGAGGUGACAUCUAGUGGGAAGAUAGAAACCUAGGUCUUGUAGCCUACUUAAGAUGUGAAGGCUGAGCCACCCCUAAAAAUAGAUUUACUUCAUGGACUAUUGUUCGAGCUUAAUUCCUAUUGAUGGUAUGAAAACAACAAAAGAAGUGUUAUGAUUGUCUCAAUUGACCAAGAAAAGGCAGAAAAUGAAGAAUGAGAAGACGAAAGAAUAAGAAAUAGAAAGGCACAUGAAAUUAAAUGUUAAUGCCUACUCCACAAAAAUACCACAAAAAGUCAUGGACGCGACACAUGUUUUCCACAUAUGAAGAUUCUUCAACCAUUUAAUGUCUCAUAUGUAUUCACGCCAAGUUUGUGAAUAAGUUGAUCUAGGGUGGUCUUGGUUGGACAUGGUGAGUAGGUGAGAAGAUGUUAGGGUGAAGGACCCGGCACCUCAUAGAUAGGCUAGAUCCUUCUCUGACUAGUCCACUUCAUAUACUUAGUAUUUGUUCAUUGCAAUAUGUGGUAUGUUUGAUCGCGACACUCCUCCUCACAUAUGACGAGUGAACUCAUUCCUUUUGAGUAUUUUUUAGGGUAUACCAAGUUAGGCCGAGUCAAGACAACCAUUCUAUAGGUGUCCACUGGUAUCCUAGGUGUAAUGAGCCACACACAUCACACAUUCCUCGAGAUUUCACAUGUUUAUACUCGAACUUAUAUGACAGCAUUAACUAUGAAUUGUUCCGCUAGUUAACUUCAUGAGAGUAUAUUGUUCUUAAAUGUUAUUUAAUGAUAAAACUUGCAUGAGUGACGUGCUUCGUAGUUGUGUGCAUUGAAUAUGAACGAGCUUGUGUGAAAUUCAGUUGUACCCCUAUAUGUGAAGCCAUAUGAUUGUGUUGCAUGAGCAUUAAUUUCAUGUUUACUGGAGUUAGUAAUUGUGGAUACUGCCCUGAAAUUCAUUCACAUCAUUUGUUAGAAACUAACAAAACAUUAGUUGGGGGGUGUGAUUACGCGCUUAAACUGCAUAAUUAUGUGUUUUAAUUCGUGCAUUGGAGCUUAUAUUUUUAAUUAAAUACCUCAUUACGUUUAAUAUGUUAACACGGUGUCCUAUUUAUAAUAUUUGGGUUUUAUUUAGCAAUUUAUGAAUUUUUGGCAUUUUUUUAUCGCAAAAAAAAUUAUUGGGAGCUAAAACCGUCAUCAGUUUGUAAUUCGCGCAUAACUUUUCUGUCCCAGCUCUGAUCAAGAUGAUUCAAAAUUCUAGAGAAAAAUGAGAACAUCCUCCACUACCAGUCAUCUCUGCUGCUUCCAGACCACUGCUCAGUCCAACCACCAACCACUGCUGCCCAGCCAAAGAUCCACCACGGCCACAGCCAACUGCCAGCCAUGCUCCCAGGCUCCUGCUGCAUCUCCCAACUCUCUCUCCCUUCUUCCUCUUUCUUUUUUUUCUUUAUUUUCUUCAUUCUCUUUCUUUUUUUUCAAUUGUCUCUUUGAAUUAUUGUUUUUAAGGACUUAAAUUAUUGUUAUUUAUUUUCCAUGGAAAAAUUGUAUUUUAAGCUUUAAUUUCUAAAGUUUGUUUGGAUGUUACUAUUGUGAUAGAAUUUUAAUUAAAAUUUCAAUUUUU